GAAGAUGCUCAGUGGGCGGGGCUUAACGCCGGCCACAGACCGACGGCAGAUAACGGCCACUUUGUUCAGCGGUCGGACGUUUCUUGGUCCGAGCCACACGUCGUGUCUUUUUUUGUGCAUAUCACUUCCGCGUUCUCGGUAUCCUCGAGAAAGGUUAUCUUGGCCAAAAACACUUUAAGGACUCAAGUGUGCUUCUGACAUGGCUAUGGUAAAGAGUGGCUGGCUCCACAGGCAAAGCACCAUCCUACGUCGGUGGAAAAAGAACUGGUUUGACCUAUGGGCCGACGGACGCCUGGUGUUCUACAACGACCAGCAGCGGCGCGACAUGGAGGACGACAUCCACAUGAGAGUCCACUGCAUUAACAUCCGCAGCUCCGCCGCCUGCCGUGAGCUGAACCCACCGGAGGGGAAGACGCGUGACGCGCUGUUCCAGAUAGUGUGCAGAGACGGGCGGGUCAUCAGCCUGUGUGCAGAUAGUGCAGAUGAUGCCUUAGCUUGGACCAUGGCACUGCAGGAUGCCCGAAUCAAUGCGGUGGUUGCUGCUCCUCAGAUCGGCUUUGUGCAGGAAGUCGUGGCAUCUGCUCCUCCACCUUACUCAGAAUAUGCCCAACCGCAGGUUUAUGCCCCAGGCCCAUACGGAGACUACACAGCUCCACCCGCUCAUCCCACACAGAUUAUAUACUCUGGCGACGGGCAGCCCUACGUUGUUGCUUACCCACAUCAAUAUCAAGGAGGAUACGUUGGCCCAGGAGUGAACCACGUCGUGAUCCGGGAGCGGCAGCGCGACGACGCCGGGGACGUGGCUCUGGGCAUGCUCGCCGGAGCUGCCACCGGUCUAGCACUCGGCUCCCUCUUCUCCGUCUUCUAGUUUGUACCGCUUCACUAACCGCUCCUCGUGUUAUUUCCGGCUUACAGGAUGGGCUCUUGUCUGCGCAGUCACACGAUUUCCAACGAAGCGUCCGCUGGACUACUUCAACGAGACAUGACUGUGACAGAGUGAAUUACGUAGUGAAUACUUUUAGCACUUUCCAAUAUUCCCAGACAGUGUUGCUCCUUUCGUGAUGUUUGCAUAGACAUAUUUUUAACCAAAAACUGUAACUAUUACUCUCUUUAGGCAGUUAUUUAAAUGUCAUGAAGGAAGAUAAUUCAUUACGUGCAUGUGGUUUCCUCAGUUUGAUCCAGUGUUCCAGACAGAUGGGCUUUAUAUCAGCUACAUGAACCUCAGCCCUCCUCGUUUUUUUUGUACUGUAACCUUUGUUCGCCUUUUCUUUGUGUUUUCCGCAGACCUGCCGUGUGUCUCUGGUUUCUUUGUGCUUGUGACAGCUCGAGAGGGGCCUUGUGUAAGGCACAGGACACGUUAAAGCAAUAAAUAAUUUGAUUGGAGCAUUUUUAAAGUCAUUUGGAGACAUUUUGGGUUUCAUGGUUUUGACUCCUAAAAAUGACACUCUGUAAGCACACUGGCAUUAGCCUGAAGUUUAAAGGGACAUUGCUUUUCUGCAGUCUUCCACUUCCACGCACCAUUGUCUUUUUUUUUUUUUUUUGUUAACUUAUCGGCAGCUGUUGAAUUGUACUUCCUGUUUUGAUCUGUUUGUAUAGAUGUUAUGUUUUUGCCUUUGUUCUCGUUCUUGAUGCACAAAUGACCUCCACUGAAGUUUCAGUUGACCUAUUUCCUCCCUAAAACCCUAAAACUAUGCAUGGCAAUUAGGACUAUUCAGUUAUAUUAUCUGCACUGAUGGCCUUUCCCAUGACAUCUUUUCAUUAGCAUAAGAAAUAUCAAAGAAAUCCUUUUUCCAAAUAGCAUAACACUCCAGUCAGCAGUUUUCCAGUAAUUUCUAAACGUGUUUAAAGGUGUGGAAUAACUGGACUCAGUUGCACUGAUUAAAUCAAGAUGCUAACUAAGAUGUAUUUUAACAAAUAAAUAUAUCCACAACGUUA